GAUAUGUGGGGAUUGUUUACGGUGGUGCAGCGGUGGUAAUUGCGGCUGCGCUACAUCGAGUUUUCUCCUUUUGUAUUUUGUGUGUGUUUAUUAUUCAUUUGAAAUAGUUUGCGCGGUUAUUUUGUUUACUUAUGGGGAGAAGUCGGAGUCGAUCUCCUGCAAGACGAGAACGACGUCGUUCCCGUUCCACAUCUCGAGACCGGGAGCGCCGCAGGCGUGAGAGGGAACGUUCAAGGUCACGAGAUAGAGAAAGGAGGAGAAGUCGGUCACGGUCGCCACACAGAAGAAGAUCCAGGUCCCCAAGAAGACACCGCUCUAGCUCCCUUUCUCCAACAAGGCAAAAAGACAGACGGGAGGAUGAGAAGGAUGCCAAAGAGUCCAAAUCUGUGAAAGAACAUCAGAUUUCAGAGGAAGACCUGCAGGGAAAAACUGAAGAGGAAAUUGAAAUGAUGAAACUGAUGGGAUUCGGCAAUUUUGAUACAACUAAGGGUAAGAAAGUGGAUGGUUCUGUCAAUGCUUAUGCUGUUAGUGUAUCCCAGAAAAGGAAGUACAGGCAGUACAUGAAUCGUAAGGGAGGCUUUAACAGACCUUUGGAUUUUAUCGCUUGAAUAUUUACCUCUGAAGAUUGGAAAUAAUUUGACUGUUUAAAGUUUAUUUUGUGUUUAUUCUUUUCAUUAAAUUUGUAAAUACUU